CAUCCACUGUUGUCGGUGCAGACCCUAGCACCUACGUCCACAGCCCUCACGCAAGUGGACCUCCAGGACUCAGUGUUGACUUAUAUCCCGUGGACCCAGCCGCUAACCACGAUCCCUACAUCGGGCGUGCAGUUUGCUUUUCACCCUGCCACUCUGGCUAGGUCUCAGUUGCUUCCCAUGUCCAUGACAGUGACCCCCACCAUGCCCCAGCAGGACCCCCAGCCCCUGGAGCAGAGUCCUGCUGUGGCUGAAGAGCCCAACCCUCUGGAGAAACUUCUGGAGGACCAGGAUCAGGAUGACAAAUACACAUAUGUGAACAGUUCCUCAAACUUCAUCCCCAGUGUCUAAGAUAUAUUAGUGUUGCAGCCAGUCAUAAUCAUUUUUGAAAUGUUUACAGAAUGUUUAUGAAUGUUUUAUCUAUGGGUUAUAAAUGAAUGUAUUAUGUCGGUAACCCUUGUAUUUCUAUUGCUCAUAAUUCAGGUACAUGGUGCUUGUAGUUAUUCUUUCCUUUAUGUUGUAAUGUACAUUGAAGUACUGUGAAUUGCUUUUUUUAUGAUGUAAAAGGAACAGUGUUGUAGUUUGACUAGUUCUAUUAUUUACUUUACAAGAGUUUUGCUGAAAAAUAACUGCUGUCAUGUAUUAUAGAUGCUGUAACUGAAAGACAGGCCUUGAAUGAUUUGUCCCGCAUCAAUUUAAAUUACUUGUAAGAUGUUUAUUUGUUAAAGAAAUACCUCCUUUCUGACAACCAUAAUCGAAUACAGUUGUUUUAAAAGUAGUUACCCUGAGACGUCAUUCAAUUGUUAAAUGAACCCAUAUUGAUAUUUAUCCAGGGUCUGCUUUGAAGAGUAUUUGACAUAAAACAUGAAAACAUCAACUUGCCUGUA